UUUAAAUGUAAAAUGUUAAUCAUAAUCAUAAUCAUUUCAAUUGCCUUAAUAUUGCAUAAUUACGUCCAAACGCAAGAAAUAUAUGUCAAGAAAGAUGUCUCCGAUGUCUAUAAUAUAUACACAACUCAAGCAUUUUUUGUGCAAAUAACGAGUGAUACGUUUUACAAAGCUAUAGCACCGGGAGAUUCCAUUGAAUAUAUAGCAUCAAUAGCUGGAAUGCCUGAUCUGCCUGUUUGGAUGCAUUCUAGGCAUCCCAACAGCACUGGUAGGGCAUACCUAUACGGCUCACCGGCGCUUAAUGACGACGGAGACAUUGAUAUCGAAGUGAUUGCUUUAAAUCAAUACAAUUAUGACAUCACUAAAGAUUUCAUGAAGUUUCGGGUCAUUAAACGAGAAAAGACAGCAAAAUUUGAAGUCGAGCUAAAGUUUGUCAAUUAUAAUUUGGAUAACAUGUUUGAAAACAACCGAUUUGAUGAUGUCUUGCAAAUAUUUAAAGAUAAACUAUGGAAAGACAGUCAAGACGUUUAUAUUACCAAAAUAGCCGCACCUUUAGAUGUCGGACAAAGACUACCAUUAGAUCCUCGAGAAAAGGAAGGUGUAAUUAUGCGUAUUGGAAGUAUAGAUAACUAUACACGUGAUAUCCUAGACCUGGAACGUGAGGUCGAGCGUAUUAAAAAUCGCAAUCCAUGUCCACGAAAAUAUAAGGCAACAUCAGCUGAAUAUAUGUUCAGAAAUAAAGGUUUUUAUAGUGAUUGGUGUAGUUUUCAACUGAUACGUAAUGAUCAAUCAAUUGAUGAAUUAAUACAAAGUAAACCAAUAGUGGUAAUCAUGAAACCGGAGAUUCAUGUAUCCGUUGACAUAACCAAAAGGGAUGAGUUGUCAGUGAAAGACAGUUAUUAUAUACCGUUUCGACAAUCUGUUCCCAAACGAGAUUAUUUGGUGGAUUUGAUGGUAUGUUUUUUGGUACCACUAUUGAUGGCAACAAUGAUCAUAUCUUCGUUGACGUGUAUAUUCUUCUACAAUAAAGAACAUCUAAUUAGACAACAAUUGAAUGAAACACCGGAACAAUUACAACAAUUCAAAUGUAUUAGUUUAGCGACACAACGACUGCGAGCACUGGCAGAUAAUCGAGACAAUCCAAUACAACCAACCAAUCCUUAUGCCACACUUCCUCGAUAUUCAUCGUUAUCCAGAAAACCACUGAUCCAUCCGUACUCGACAUUACCAAAAGCAAUGUCAUUAUCACUAAACAGGACAAACAGUCUUCAUUUGAUGGCCACUCCAUUUGAUCCUAUUUUAUAA